AUGGCAAAUAGUAAUAAUAGCAAUAAUGAUUAUAUUAUGGAAAGUAUGGAAAAUCCUCAUGAAGAACAACAACGAACUUUACUACACAGAAUUGUUUUAAACAUUAUAAAGCUUAAUGAUGCUUUAGAAGAUGUUAAUGAUCGUACCCAGACGAUAGGAGCAGCUGAUACUUUUGACCUCUUUGCACAUUUCGUAGAGCGUGGUAAAGCAAUUACUACAAAUUAUGAUAGAGAUUUAGCGUCCAAAGAUGAAGAAAUCAAAAGAUUGAACGAAGAAAACAAAAGUUUAAAAGAACAAAUUGAUAAAUUAAAUAAAGAAAACACUAGAUUACUGUGUAACAACAGUGAUAACAAGACAUUGGAUAAUCUAGAUGAUAAUAAACUAAGAUUAGUUGAAGCAAUAUUAAAAAGUGUCGAUGAACACUUCUUAGAAGAGAAUAAUACGCAUUCAUAUAAUUGGUCUUCAAGUGCUGCUUCCACAUCCAAUUCAAACAAUAAUAAUAUUUCGUCAUCAUCAGAAGAUGAGAGCACCGGAACCAAUUCAUCAAUAUCUAGUAAUAAUACUACUUUAUAUCAGCCCCAUCAUAUACCAUUCGAAAUUGAAAGUAAUAUAAGUAAUAUUAUUACAAACGAAACCUCAACACUUAAUGUAAUUAAACCGUUUGAACAUAAUUUUAAUAACACCACUCCGAAUCAACCUAUUAUGCCUGUUGUGCCUAAUAUGAUUAUUCCUUCUCUUCCCAUGUACCAUCAUCAUCAACAACCAUUACAAUAUAUUACAAAUCCAAAUAAUACUAACACUAACAAUACGAUUAAUACAGCCAAUAUCAGGCAAAUUAAUUAUAACGUCAAUAAUAAUAAUUUCCAUACUCGUCAAAAGAAUAAUAAUAACUAUAACAAUAACAACCAUAACAACAAUAACAAUAAUGAUCAGUAUACUGUCUUCAUAUCUUGGACAGGAUCAACGACAAUGGAGGAACUUCGUGGUUUAUUUGAUACCGAUGAUAUUGUUGAUGUUAGACACACGCAAGGUAAACAAUUCGCACAUGUCGAUCUUAAGACUUCAGAAGCAUUACAAAAAGCCAUGUUAUUAAAUUCAACGAUUAAAAAUGUAACACAAGGCACGUUACGUGUUGAACCAGGAAAACCACGUAAUUAUAGUUUUAUUUUAUCAGAAUGA